AUGGCGGAGAUCGGUGUUUUGUCUCACAUUGACAAUGAGAAAAUCGAAAGACGAAGACGAGGACGAAUCAAUCCAGUGCAAGAUGCACAAUUGUGGAUCAAUGCACACAGAGAUAAAUCGGGUUUUGAAGUAAAAUUCAUCAAUUCCUGGAAAGGUCGCGGCAUCUUCGCAACUGUUCCUUUUGAAAAAGGAAACUUUCUACUUGAAUAUAGAGGUGACUUCAUAACCAUUGAAGAAUGUCAAAGAAGACAGCGAUUUUACCAUGACAACCGCAAGGUCUUCAUGUUCGAAUUCCGAUUUGAUGGCAAAAUAUGGUGUAUUGAUGCCGCCACUGAGGAUGGGUCCUUUGGCAGACUUGUCAAUGAUGACCACAUCAACUCAAAUGCCAAGAUAAAGUGCCUGAAUCUACAAGGGAAGCCCCACUUGUGUUUGUUUGCAACGCGAGACAUACGUUCAGGAGAAGAGAUUACCUACAAUUAUGGCGACUCGGACUGGCCAUGGAGAUCAAAGGGGGAGUGUUCCACACCCUCAGUUAAAGAAGUGAUUGGAGCCGUUGGUGUCAGGCAGGAGUCAUCUGUGGAGAAUAAUGCAGCUAUUGCCAGUGAAUCCCAACCAAGAUCAGAGUGUCAGUCAUCCACGACCACACCCGACAUCACUGCUUGUGAGAGUGUCACACCCUCUGCUAAAGAAGUUAUAGGAGAUAUUGGUGUCAGGCAGGAGUCAGCUACGUUAUUCUCCACAGAUGGGUCCAUUGAGUCCCAACCAAUAUCAGAGUGUCAGUCAUCCACGACCACAGCAGACAUCACUACUAGUGAGGUGGAGUGUUCCACACCCUCAGCUAAAGAAGUGAUUGGAGCCGUUGGUGUCAGGCAGGAGUCAUCUGUGGAGAAUAAUGCAGCUAUUGCCAGUGAAUCCCAACCAAGAUCAGAGUGUCAGUCAUCCACGACCACACCCGACAUCACUGCUUGUGAGAGUGUCACACCCUCUGCUAAAGAAGUUAUAGGAGAUAUUGGUGUCAGGCAGGAGUCAGCUACGUUAUUCUCCACAGAUGGGUCCAUUGAGUCCCAACCAAUAUCAGAGUGUCAGUCAUCCACGACCACAGCAGACAUCACUACUAGUGAGGUGGAGUGUUCCACACCCUCAGCUAAAGAAGUGAUUGGAGCCGUUGGUGUCAGGCAGGAGUCAUCUGUGGAGAAUAAUGCAGCUAUUGCCAGUGAAUCCCAACCAAGAUCAGAGUGUCAGUCAUCCACGACCACACCCGACAUCACUGCUUGUGAGAGUGUCACACCCUCUGCUAAAGAAGUUAUAGGAGAUAUUGGUGUCAGGCAGGAGUCAGCUACGUUAUUCUCCACAGAUGGGUCCAUUGAGUCCCAACCAAUAUCAGAGUGUCAGUCAUCCACGACCACAGCAGACAUCACUACUAGUGAGGUGGAGUGUUCCACACCCUCAGCUAAAGAAGUGAUUGGAGCCGUUGGUGUCAGGCAGGAGUCAUCUGUGGAGAAUAAUGCAGCUAUUGCCAGUGAGUCCCAACCAAUAUCAGAGUGUCAGUCAUCCACGACCACAGCAGACAUCACUACUAGUGAGGUGGAGUGUUCCACACCCUCAGCUAAAGAAGUGAUUGGAGCCGUUGGUGUCAGGCAGGAGUCAUCUGUGGAGAAUAAUGCAGUUAUUGCCAGUGAGUCCCAACCAAUAUCAGAGUGUCAGUCAUCCACGACCACACCAGACAUCACUACUAGUGAGGUGGAGUGUUCCACACCCUCAGUUAAAGAAGUGAUUGGAGCCGUUGGUGUCAGGCAGGAGUCAUCUGUGGAGAAUAAUGCAGCUAUUGCCAGUGAGUCCCAACCAAGAAUAGAGUGUCAGUCGUCCACAACCACACCAGACAUCACUACUUGUGAG